UCCUGUGGUUUGACAGCAAACAGGAAGCAGCGGCUGCAGGCAUGGCUCUGUUUAAAGACUGCUCUGUGCUUUUGGAGCUGAAAAACCUACCUUUCAAGGAGAAGAGGAAGCUGAAGCUGGCAGUAACAGAGAAUGGAGGAAACAUUUCGUUUGUGGUCAAUAAACAGUGCUCUCUGAUAGUGACCAGCGAUGUGUCCAGUCUAAGCUCCAACAGGCUGCGUAGCAUCAACAAGCACAAAACGCCUGUGGUCGGAGUGGAUUACGUGGACAGCUGCGUGGAAGCAGGUGUUCUUCUGCCUGUGGAUGAUUUUAAGUUGGAAACUUCAUCCUCCUCACCUUAUUCUUUUCCUGAGUUUAAAGUAUUUCAAGUGUCGCAGAGUAGAGCAGCUGCUAAACCAUCCAAAGCCAAACCUGUGGACUCUGUAAUCUGUGGACCUCUGACUCAGAGGGCGGAGCCUGAGUAUGGAGCAGGAAGUGUCCUGGAAAAAUUCAGAAUUUAUACAGAAACUGAUCCUGACCUUCCAUCGUAUCCAGAUCAUUUUCACGUGGCCAAGUAUUCAGUCUUUGAAAAGAUCAACAGCAAUUCUUGGUGUGUGUUGGAGCUACAGAGUGUCAAAGGACAGAAAGGGCAGCAGUAUCGUGUGGUUAGAUAUUGGAAAGAUGACAUAGGAGCCAAGAAAGCAGCUGUGAGGGAUAUGCUGGUGUUUCUGUCCACUUCAGAGGAGGCUUUGGAAACGUACCAGGCCUUGAGAGACUCUAUGAAGACCACUGGUCUACAACUGAGGAGCAGCAGCUCCCUAAAGUCCAAGGGUCUCGGAUCUGCCCCCCUUCAGCAGCUGCUGCUGGAGGAGGAGCUUAACACAGGGAGCUUGUCCAAUGAGGUUGGUGUAUUUGUGGAGCUGUUGUGGACUGAUGCCCUGGGAGGUCUUGGUAGCAUCCUGCGAGAAUCCAUCAACAACUUGAGUCUCAAUGAUGUGAGCAGGGCAGAGGGACUGUUGCUUCAGGCUGCUAGGAAGCUGAAGGAUGGGAAUCACAUGGAGGUGAUGUCUCUUCUAAUGGAGGUUCAAACUCUGAUUCCACACGCAAUCAAGAACAUAUUUCCCACUGCCAAGUUCAUCUCUCAGGAACUGGACCUCUGCCAGUUAAUUAGAGAUGUUCUAAACGUCCGUGAGAUGACCCUGAGAACCCCCAGACCUUCCUCGUUGGGAAAAUAUCGUGCUCUGAGAUGCAGUAUUGAAGCCGUUCCCACCAGUAGCUCAGAGUUUCAGAAUGUGACGGCCCUGCUGCAGGACAGGAAAAUCCAGAUCCACCAGGUUUUACGUGUUUGCAGAGGGGUGGAACUUCAAACAUUUAAGAGUGAGCUUGGAAACAUUAGGCCCCUGCUCCAUUCAUCCAGGUCCAGCAACUUUGUGGGAAUCCUGUCUCGCGGCCUGCUUCUGCCUCGGGUUGGAGUGGAGGAUCAUGGGAUAGAGAGAACAGACAUUGGUAAUCUGGGCAGUGGAAUCUACUUUGCUGAUGCCAUAAGCGCCAGUUUAAAAUACUCCAGCCCCAGUGAGACAGAUGGCUCUCGGUUGCUGCUGGUGUGUGAUGUGGCUCUGGGACAGUGCAAGGACGUUCACAAGAGAGACCCCACACUCACACAGGCCCCCAAGGGACAUAACAGUGUGCAUGGAGUUCGAUGCACUCCUAACACUCACUCUGAUUUUCAGGACGAUGAGUAUGUGGUGUACAGUCCUGAUCAGGUGAAGCUCAAAUACGUGGUCCAGUUCAGUGUCCAAGGAGACCAGCAGAAGAACUUCAGUCCCAAUAUCACCACCUCAGAUGAACCAUGUCUGCCCCCUUCUGACAAAGAGAUGGGUUCAGAUAGCGAAGGCAUUGAAAAUAUUAAAAACCCACUGGCUGACGUGAAGCCUGGACUUCAGGACAAUGCUGGUCAGCAGCUCCCUCUGCAGGCUGUCCAUGUGAAGUGCAAACUCAUGGAUUUGCUCUGUCAGGUUGUCAUCUUCCAAAAAUAUACCAAUCAGAGCUCUGUGCCCAUCGAGGCAAAGUAUGUCUUCCCAUUGGACGAUUCUGCAGCAGUGUGUGGGUUUGAAGCUUUCAUCAAUGGGAAACAUGUUGUAGGACAGGUGAAGGAGAAGGAGAAGGCACGGAAAGAGUACAAACAAGCUAUUGAGAAGGGCCACGGAGCCUACCUCAUGGACCAAGAUGCCCCUGAUGUGUUCACCAUCAGCGUGGGCAAUCUGCCACCCGGCGCUACUGUCCUCAUUAAAGUCACCUUUGUGUCUGAGCUGAUCGUAAAGGACGGGAGUAUUUUAUUCUCCCUGCCUGGGAGUGUAGCUCCGUGGCAGGAGAGGGAAGCACUCAACCAAACCACACAGGUCACUGUGGAGAAGGUGCGUGUGACUGAUGAUGAAACAAAUACAAGAGAAUUUACCCUGGACAUGUCCAUUGAUAUGCCCAACAACAUCACCAGUCUGCAAUGCAUUACUCACAAAGUCAAAAUGAAGAGAACAGAUUGUAAAGCAGUGGUGAGUGUGCUACCAGGAGAGGUCAUGGGACCAGAGGGAUUUCAGCUGUCAAUCACUCUGUCAAAGGUCCAUCUGCCCAGGAUGUGGGUGGAGAAACACCCUGACAAGGACAGCCAGGCCUGCAUGUUGGUUUUCUAUCCAGACUUUGAAGUCCCCUCAGGUUCGUCAUCUGAUGAAGUUGUGCUGUUGCUGGAUGCAUCUGAAUCUAUGAGAGGAGAGUCUUUGUCCACAGCUCGAAGAAUCGCCCUGCAGGUCCUGAAAAUCCUUGAUCACAACCUCAGAGUUAACGUCAUCUUCUUUGGCACAGAUCACUCAGAGGCUUUUCUGACAUCGCAGCCACUUGUCAAAGCCCGUCAAGCAGCUGAAGGCUUCAUAAAGGGCUCUUGUCCAGCUGGGGGCAGCACUGAGCUGUGGCGGCCACUGCGAGCUCUCAGUCUGCUCCCUCCAUCCAGAGGCAUCAGGAACCUACUGCUGCUGUCGGACGGUCACAUCCAAAAUACAGAGCUCACCUUGCAGCUGCUCAGAGACAACACUCAGCACAGUCGUCUGUUCACCUGCGGCCUCAGCCCAACAGCCAAUCGGCACAUGCUGCGAGCCAUGGCCUGUGCAGGAGGUGGAGCCUAUGAAUUCUUCGACGCAAAAACUAAACACAACUGGGCAGAACAGGUGGCAUGUCAGGUGAAGCGUAUGUCAUCCCCUGGCUGCAGUUCAGUGUCAGUGAAGUGGCAGCAGUUCAACCCAACAGCGCCCCCACCUGUUCAAGCCCCGAAGCAGCUCCAGGCUCUCUUUAAUGACUGCCACACCCUGGUCUAUGGCUUUGUGCCACACUGUACCCAGGCAACCCUCCUUGGUGACCUAAGUGGUCAGGAGCUCAAAACCAUGGUAUCAACCAGUGAGCUACAGAAGACCAAGGGCACGUUUCUUCACAAGCUCACAGCGAGAGCCAUCAUCAGGGAUUACGAAGACGGAAUCCUGGAUGCCAAUGAAGCUGAACAUGAGGGGAAGAAAGCACAGCUGAAAUCCUUCAUCAUCGAUUUGAGCAAAGAGUUCUCCAUUCUGUCUCAGUUCACCAGCUUUGUGGCCAUUGAAGAAAGGGACUCAGAACAACCAGAGAAGGGUUUCACAGAUAUUCCCAAGGUGAUUGCAGAGGAAGACGUGGACUUCUUACCCUACAUGAGCUGGAUUUCAUCACAGGACAGUGACAUACAAGAUGAAGAAGAGGGAUAUUAUGCGACUGAGUGUGCAGAUUUCAUGGAAACAAGUGACGGUGAAAUACAAUAUGAAGAGGACUAUUAUGAAACUAUGUGCGCUGAUGAGACGGAGGACGUGGGCUCCAUCUUAGCGGACGCCAUCUGUAUGAGCGAGGCGAUUAGCCGACCCUAUCGAGCCUCAAGUUUUGCAGAAAAAUAUGAGGUUCGUUCCUUCACACAUGAACUACAAGAUUAUGGAAGAAACUUGGAGAUGGAUUUAGUUCCAUUAUCUGCAAUCUGUGAUGGGUACUUAUUUGGUUCAGACCCAGCUCCAGCUCCACCACGUUCAGCUGUAGCUCCACCACGUUCAGCUCCAGCUCCACUACGUUUAGCUCCAGCUCCACCACGUUCAGCUGUAGCUCCACCAUGUUCAGCUCCAGCUCCACCACAUUCAGCUGUAGCUCCACCACGUUCAGCUGCAGCUCUGCUACCUUCAGUUCUAGCUGCACCAACUUCAGCUCUAGCUCCACCACCUCCAUCUCUAGCUCCACCACCUCCAUCUCUAGCUCCACCACCUCCAUCUCUAUCUCCAACAUCUUCAGCUCUAGCUCGACUGUGUUCAGCUCCACCAACUGAUGAUUCUUACUACUACUGUAGAAACUCAUCUUGCCCUCCGCCACCUCCUCCUUUGCGUCAUCAUUUAGGGGCUUUAUCUUUUGGGGAUGUGCCUUUUGGGGAGCUGGUUGAAAACACUUUAGGUGUUCAAGGUUGUGGUUUUUCUCAACCUGCUCCUUUAGCUCGUGCAGGUGCUCCAUCUGAACAACCAGCAAACAGCCUCAGCGCUGUAAGACAUAAACUCAUGCUUGGCAAACAGCAACAACAACAACAAGCUCUUCCAAGCAAGUCUGUAUUCUCUUCAGGCCUCAGUACUGCUCUGGUUAAAGCUGCUUCUGCUGUGGUUGAACCGCCGUGUGGCUUCUCGUUUGGUAGCUCAGCUCCUCCUCCCAUCCGUGGCGCUGCAAAACAAGUAACCACAGAACUUGAAAGAUUCAGAGCUCAUAAUGUACCUAUGUCAUUUGGUGGUGUUAUUCAGUCUCCCAAACACAAAGCAUUAUCUCAGAAACCCAGGGCCAUUAGAAGAAAGUUGGAAGCUCCACAGUUUGUCGAUUUAACCCAGGACAUAGAAGAAAGGGAGAGAACCAAGCCCCGGCCUCGACCUGUUUGUGGUUCUUUUCGGUCUCUACACUCUCGGAGAUCAACAACAGAUCUUGAGCCUAAAUGGGCCGACAUCUUUGAGAAGCAGCAUUCAGAGGGAUACUGGGAGUUAACCCCAGAACUGGGUGGACUCUUGAAUUUGGAUGUGUCGCUCUUUGUCAAUGUGUUCCUGAAAAGCAAAGGCAUCCAUUCCCUAGGUGUGAAGGCCCACGCAGACAUCCUGAAGCUGCUGGGCACUCUUCUGGUUUUGCAGCUGAUGAGGCUGAAGAAGCUGGAAGAAGGAAAACUCCUCCACAGCCUCUUCUGUCUGGAAGAGUCCAGCCCCAGGCCUGAACGCUGGGAGAAGGUGGACCGUGCAGUGAAGUGGGUUUGCUGGGCUGACAGGCAGUACCCGUGUGUGUACAGUCGACUGGAGCUGGGCUGGAGCUGGGAGUCGUGCACCCGUCAGCUGCUGGGCUUCGAACCCAUCCCUCACUUCUCCUCUCUCAGUGGUCUGAACCUGCAGAUCAGCCCCAUCCCUCUGCUGGUCCGCUGAGCAGGCCAGUGAAACUCAAAGAGCACCAACAAACAACAGAGGGGGGAAAAACUUUUUUAAAAUAUCUACAUUUUUGCCUUUAUGGGUGUCAGAUUUUCUGUUCCUCUUAUGCCACUGUAGGCUAACAAUGCUUUUAUUAUACACAUACAACAGUCGUGCAGUAGGACUGUGUUAGCUAAUGGUCUGGUAAUAUCUCACUGUCAUUCUGUAGUAGAGGUAAUAGUAAUAAUACGUAAUAAUAGGUAAUAGGUAAUAGUUUUCUUGGUUGUUUGGUUAUUUUUUGGAUGGUACUGAACGCUGGAUACUGUAACAGUGCAUUUACAAAAUAGUUUUGGUGGAACAUGUGCACCUGAAGGAGCACAUUGUGGUAUUAAUAGGAAUAAAUCCAUAAAAAUGACACAAAAAAAGAUAUGUCUGCGAAAAAAAAAAGCCAGUUUCAAGGUGUCAUUGCUGCGGGUGUUGAUCGGGGGAUUUUCAAAGUAAUAACAAACAGAUAACAGAAGGAAUUAGAAUGAUGAUCCUGUCACUGUGCGACGGCCUUACUCUGACAGAGCACUUAGACCGAGUCCAACCACACAUACAGUAAACCUAAAGAAGACGAAGGUGUUGAAUACUGGAAAACAUCCAAACAAAAGACAUGUCUUUAAGGGUUUGUACAGAAAAACUGCACAGGGAGAAAUUCACCAUAAAUAUUAACUUACAGUGCCUUCCAUU